AUUUUAUAUAUAAUGGAUGCAAAUUCUUCACAACUAUUAUUAUAGUAUUCAGACAACUUCGGUUAAAGGCUAUAUCAACAAACAUGGCUGUCUGUCAUUUUUUUGUUGUGUUGGCAAUAUUAAAUGCAGUUUUCUGCAACGAAUAUUCCGAUAAUGAAACGGUCAUUAUGUAUGUUAACAAAGUUGGGCCCUAUUUCAACCCUCAUGAGACCUACCACUACUAUCAACUCCCAGUGUGCAGACCAAAAAAGAUAGAGCACAAGAGUCUAACUCUGGGUGAAGUGCUUGAUGGGGACAGGAUGGCUUUGUCCAUGUAUUCAAUCAACUAUAAAAGCGAUGUGGCAAUAAAGGAAUUAUGUCGUGUGACAUUUCAAGAAGACGAUCUUCAGCUGUUAAGAGACGCCAUUGAAGACCUCUACUACUUUGAGUUUGUCCUAGACGAGAUUCCGAUCCGAGGGUUCAUAGGCCACCUGGAGGAGGGGGGUUUCCUGCCACACACCCACAAGGUGUUCCUGUGGGCCCACCUGUCCUUCAACAUCGAGUAUAACGGCAAGCACAUCAUCUACGCCAAUGUUUCAACUAAGGAGAAAGAACCAGUCAACCUGGAUGAUGUCACCGCCCCGUUGGAGGUCGCUUUCACGUACAGUGUCAAGUGGCACAGCACAGACUUGAAAUUCGAGCAAAGGGGCCAAAGGAUGAGAGAUAACAGGUUUUUCCCUAAGACCCUGGAGAUUCAUUGGCUGAGCAUCAUUAACUCGAUGGUUCUUGUCUUCCUCCUGAUUGGCUUCGUCGUCAUCAUUCUGACGAGAGUGUUGAAGUCUGAUUUUGCGCGCUACAACGUUGAGGAUGAAGACAGUGAGGAACUUGAUCAGGACGAUAAUGGCUGGAAGAUCAUUCACACUGAUGUGUUCCGUUUUCCUGCGAACAAAAACCUCUUCUGUGCCAUUCUGGGUGUGGGUAUGCAGUUUCUCACACUGGCCACAGGGAUCAUGUUGAUGGCAAUGCUGGGUUUGUUCAACGUACACCAUCAUGGACAGAUCAACUCUGCUGGAAUUAUUCUCUACGCUUUCACAUCAUGUAUCAGCGGCUAUGUGGCGACCAACAUGUACAAGAAAAUGGGUGGAGAGAAAUGGGUGUGGAACAUAAAUCUAACCUCAGCGCUGUUUGCAGCUCCAUUUUUCUUGGUUUGGGCCUUGAUCAACUCUGUGGCCUGGGCGUAUGGGACGACCCAGGCUCUGCCAGUAGGGACCAUAAUCCUGCUGAUGUGUCUCUGGAUGUUUGUUGGAUAUCCACUCACUGUGAUAGGAGGAAUAUUUGGCAAAAACGGGGCUAACGGAUUUGAUGCCCCAUGCCGAACAAAAAAUAUUGCCCGGGAAAUCCCAGCAGUGCCAUGGUAUCGUUCUGGCUUCGCACACUGUCUGGUGGGAGGAUUCUUGCCUUUCAGUUCCAUAUCUGUGGAGCUGUACUACAUAUUUGCCACACUCUGGGGCCGGGAGCAGUACACUCUCUAUGGGAUCCUACUGAUCGUGUUUGGCAUACUCCUAAGUGUGACAGCCUGCAUCUCGGUGGCCCUCACAUACUUCCAGCUCUCAUCUGAGGACUACAGAUGGUGGUGGAGGUCUAUGUUCAGUGCAGGAUCCACGGGUCUGUUUGUGUUCCUGUAUGCACUGUUCUACUACUACAAACGCUCAAACAUGUCUGGCCUUCUGCAAACGCUCGAGUUCUUCGGCUACACUAUACUAACAUGUUACGUGUUUUUUCUGAUGCUGGGAACUGUGUCGUUCUUCGCGUCUCUGAGCUUUGUACGAUACAUCUAUGUUAACUUGAAAAUGGACUAGUGGUUAAACGGAACAUUAUUUUGUUAUGCACAUCUCCGUUCGAAUCUGGAGUGUCAAAUGAUGAGGUUUUCUGGGACUUGUGGUUUUAAGGAACACUUGUUAAACAAAUUACAAUAUGAAUUGGGACUGUUUUAAGGUGGGAUCUAUAGCUUUGAUCAGUGGUCUUAUGAAAUAUUUAUUAGUCAUAAACAUCACAGAAUGAAUAUAGACAGUCCAACUAUUGGGGGUUUAUGUUGUUGAUACAGUGCACAAAUAAACUUUUCUGCAUUUUUGGUAGCGCCUGUUUCAAGGGAGAUUGAAUCAUGUAUCUAAGGUUAAUAAUAUGUCGCUAUAGAAAAUUGCAAUUUAAGGGUUUUUCCUUGGUGGCACAAUGUAUGAAAUACUUUUUAUUUUCUAGUUUCUAUCCUUUAAUUAUGUUUCAGGUGUUUUUCUAUCACUUUAAUAGGAAAUUGAAAUUUUGGGGUUUCUUGCCAUUGUAUCACUGUUUAAAAAUUACUUUUAAAUUACUUUUUUUAUUUUCUUGUUUCUAUCGUUGAAUUAUGUUGCAGAUUUGAAGGUCUUUUUCUAUCACUACUGUAGGGGAUAUUUAUUGGGAUGCUUUCAGGGUUGAUUUUUUUUAAAUUUCAAUUUGGGUGUUUUUAAUAAAUAAAAUUAUCAGUUUUAAGUUGCUUUAAGCGUGGUUUCUUAAUACUCAGAAUGAAAACUUCACAAUUAUUAAAUUAUAUGUUUGUUUAUUUGAAUCAAAUUGACAUUUAAUAAUACACUAGUUAUUAUUUUGACCAUGCAAAUAAUUGUUUAACCAUUUUAGACACUUCUCUCGUACACAAUGGUUUUUGUCACCAUUGUUAUUGUUGCUUCAUCAGUGUAAAUAUAUUAAGAGGUUGAUGAUGAUUAUCAUUGGAAAUGUUAUGAUUGUUUUUAUGUUUAUAGUACUUUAUGCAACUAAAUCGUGAAUAUAUUUGUUGUAUAGAUGAAAUCAGCUGUUUUAGUUAUGUUACCAGAUAUCUUUUCCAGUGAAGAUAAAAAUUAGCUGUCCUUUCUGUUAAAGUUCUAUAAAAUAAUCCAUAUUCAUAAGUGUAUUUAAAAAAUAUAAUAGCAUUAUAUUUGUACUGCCAGUUAAAAAAACAAGGGUGCAUAUACAGAUAUCUGACCAGAAAGUUCUUUACAGUCUUGGCCUGGUGUUCAGGGCCUGUAUUUAAAAGCUUCUUAAAGGAAUCUUAUGUUAAGUUCUGCUUAAGAGAAAUUGUCUGAUACAAUGCAAUUUUCUAUAAGCACCACAAUGUGUCAUGCUUUCAAAAUAAUAACAUGUUUAUCAUUGAAGCAAAUUUUUGCUUGUUCAAAACUUAUUUAACCUUAACGCAAAAUGGCCACAGACUAAACGUAUUUUGUGAAUAGAUGUUUUUAUGUUUCCUCUAUGAGAUACCAGUAACUGGCCCAAUUGGCAAUUAUUUACUGACCGUUGACAGUUUAAUUGCCAACAGUACUUUUGACUGGUAUGACCUAAAUAUUUGUGUACCCCUGGUAGUAUGCACACUAAUUAUUUUCGAAGAAUUUCUUGCGAUAGUUAACAUGUGAUAUAGUUUAAACUCAAAUGACCAACUGCUUUUAAAUUUGACUUAAUCUAUAACUAUGUGACUAAUUAAACAUAAAAUGUACUGUGCACAUGUCACAGCAAAGUUUUAGUAUUUUUAGCAUUUAAAUAUGAGAUGAAUGCACAUUUUGUCAUGACUAAUCAAUAAGGCAUGCUCUGCUAGCUGAAAUGAAUUUAAUAUAUUGUGAUAUAUGUUUCUUAAAACUUUUGUAAAUGCAUACUUUGUAUGAGCAAAACACAGUUUAUUUUGGUGUUGUUCAGUUAAAGUUGUUAUCAGUAUCAUGGUUACAUGAUGUGAAAUUUGUGCAAGUGCUUGAAAUUAAAUUUUGGUUUCCCGGUAUUUUUAGCUUGUACAUGCUGUCAUUUAUUCAUGUUCGCUUGCCUUUUUAAUAAGUCAUGUUUUAUUGUUGAAUGCAUGACUGUAAUUAAACUCGCUUCUUUUAGCUAAUAGACAUACCGGUACACAUAGUUGCAAAUUGAAUGUCUUUUUAAUUAUUUGAUGUUGGUGCAAAUUAAUAUUUGUGCCUGUUCAGUGUUGAGAAAAAAUAUGCUUUCUGCAGUAAAAAGUGCUACAAUAAGAAUCAAAAUAAUUCUUGACAACAUUUUAUUGUAUUUAUUGCUGUUACACACUGUUAUCACAACUUUCUUUGGAGUAGCUCAUUUAUGUGAUAAUACCUCUAACUAGUCUCAUUCUUGAACUUGAGAGCCUUUCUAGAAGUCUUUUGCUUUCAAUGAAAUCAAGCUACAAUAUAUAGGUUUAAACUAAUUAAUCUAAUUCUUUAAUUAUGAACUAUGUUUGUGUGCAGAGUAUUUAUGAUCAUUAACCUAUAGUAAAUAUCCACCUUGAUGUGAUAUGCUGGGCCCGUAUUCACCAAACAAUUCUUGGACUUAAGUCUUAGAAUAAAGAAAAUUCUUUAAAUUAGAAUAUUCAAGAAUUUCUUUAAUUUUGAGUCAAACUCUGCAGUAAACAUGUCUAUCUAUAUUAUUCUUCAUAUAGAACAUUUUGUUAAUGACAUAAUCACCAGUGGAGGCCUGUAUAUAUACAAACACUGAACACAUUUUUCUUGGUUCCAAGUCUGUUCCUUAUUCUUAAGUCUAAAAUCGGUUGGUGAAUACGGGCCCUGAUGUGCUGAUAGAAAGUUCUACUGAGAUAUUGAUGCAUAUUAAAUUAUGUUAUUGUACAUAUAUGUAUACAUAUAUACAUGUGCCCCGCUCUGAGAAUACAGGUCUUAACGCAUGUUUGUAAAGUGUGAUUAUUAGCCUGUGCACAGGCUUAUCAGAAACGACACUUUCUGCUUAACAGGAUUUUUGCUAAGAAGAGACCUCCUUUAAAAGAACAAUUCUAUAAAAGCAGAAAGUGUCUAGCACGACACUUUACUCACAUGCAUAAAGUCCCUUAGUGUCUAGCACAACACUUAACUCACUAGCACAACACUUUACUCACAUGCACGACACUUUACUCACUAGCAUGACACUUUACUCACUAGCAUGACACUUUACACACUAGCACGACACUUUACUCACUACCAUGACACUUUACUCACUAGCACGACACUUUACUCACAUGCAUAAAGUGUCUAGCACGACACUUUACUCACGUGCGUAAAGUGUCUAGCACGACACUUUAUUCACAUGCAUAAAGUGUCUAGCACGACACUUUACUCACAUGCAUAAAGUGUCUAGCACGACACUUUACUCACAUGCAAAAAGUGUCUAGCACGACACUUUACUCACAUGCAUAAAGUGUCUAGCAUGACACUUUACUCACAUGCAUAAAGUGUCCAGCACGACACUUUACUCACAUGCAUAAAGUGUCUAGCACGACACUUUACUCACAUGCAUAAAGUGUCCAGCACGACACUUUACUCACAUGCAUAAAGUGUUUAGCACGACACUUUACUCACAUGCAUAAAGUGUCUAGCACGACUCUUUACUCACAUGCAUAAAGUGUCCAGCACGACACUUUACUCACAUGCAUAAAGUGUCUAGCACGACACUUUACUCACAUGCAUAAAGUGUCUAGCACGACUCUUUACUCACAUGCAUAAAGUGUCCAGCACGACACUUUACUCACAUGCAUAAAGUGUCUAGCACGACACUUUACUCACAUGCAUAAAGUGUCUAGCACGACACUUUACUCACAUGCAUAAAGUGUCUAGCACGACACUUUACUCACAUGCAUAAACUGUCUAGCACGACACUUUACUCACAUGCAUAAAGUGUCUAGCACGACACUUUACUCACAUGCAUAAAGUGUCUAGCACGACACUUUACUCACAUGCAUAAACUGUCUAGCACGACACUUUACUCACAUGCAUAAAGUGUCUAGCACGACACUUUACUCACAUGCAUAAAGUCCCAGUUUACCCAGAGUGAGGCUCAUAAUAAUUUCAAUGUUCAUGGUCUCAAUUUAAAUGGGAGGUGAGCGGUAGUUUCUUUUGUGGGGAUUUCAUUCUUUACCUUAAUUACUGUACAUGUUUGGACAUUUUAACUACUAUAUUGUUUGCUUAGCCUGGUUUUAGAUGCACAAAAGAUAGUACUUCAACCUGAAUUUAAAGGUCAUCAGUUAUGUUACAAAAUAUUUUUUGUGGGCAUGUAUGUUUUUACCCUAUAAAACAAAGCAGAAUACUGUGGGUAUAGAGAUCUUUACACAAUUGAGAAAUGUAUGACUCGCCCAUUAGGGACCAUGUUGGGUAAAGGCUUACUUGCCUAGGCAGUAGAUGGCUGUAAUCUCAAUUUGGGGUUUUUGGAGUUCUAAAUUCUUAUCCCAGUCUGGCCUCCAAGCUUGUGACAGCUUUGGUCAAUACAUGUAUUCAGUAGCAAGUCCUCCUACUGAUUAAGGUAGGGCAGUUGUCAGCAGGCACUGUCAUAAGAAUGGGAUCCUGUUACUUGUAAACCCCUAAUAUGGAUAAAUAUUAAUGAAUUUUCUGCAAUUACCGGUAAGUACAGAAUUAUUGAAAAGCAUUUGCACAUUCACAAUUUUUAAAGCUGGCUAAAAUCUUGCAGUUUAGUAUGCUGGUAAAUGACAGAAAUUGACACUUAACUAAAUGUGUUUCACAAGUAAGAAGCAGGAAAACAAUUCAGAGGCAAGAAAGUUUAUAGUUCUGACAAAGGUGUCCCAACAUAUAAAGUACUUACUGUAAAACAUUUUAAUUCAAAAUGUUCUUUAUUUGUUGUUGAUGUUAUUGGUGUUUAUAUAGAAUUUAAUAGUCAUGAAAUGAUUAUGUUAGAUAUUUGUUGGUAAGUGUGUCAGAUUGGGAUCCAAUGUUGUAGAAUGUUAAUGCCUAUUAUUAAAUAUCACUAUAUUUCUAUGUAUACAUGCAUGUUACAUCAUUAUGAGGAAAGCAUAUUUUUGCUAUGAUUGGCUAUUGACAAACACUGUGAAUAAAAUUUAAAAUUUAAA